AACUAGAACUACAGAAGCCAACUCGUCUUUAACUUUUCCCACGUUUAUUUUCAUUAUUUAUUGGAAAUCGGAAAAAGUAGGUCACAUCCGCAAGAAAAACCUUCUCGAAUCAGACUCCCAUCCCAUCUCUUUCCCAUUUUCAGUAACAAUCUGCAUCAAAGUCAUCUGUUGGAGGUUGCGUUUAUCCACACAAUUGAAACAAAUAAAAAAAGGAAAGGGAAGCUUUCGUGGUGAAGAUGCCAGAGAGAGGGAGAGACAGAGAAAGAGAAAUCUGUUGACUGUUGGAUUGAUUGCCACUAUCUCUGUCUUGUAUGGAGGAUUUCCGGUUGGUUUUGAUCUGGGUUUUUAAGGUUUCGUGUAACGUCAAUGGGGUUUUUUAACUUCUUUCGAUAACCUGGAAAUUUACCCACCUACCCUUUUUUGUACUAAAUUCACUCACCGGCACAAUCACACAAAGGCAGAAGAUUGUUACUCCUGUGAAUCAUAAGCUUUGUGCUUGGUUUAUGCUUCAAGUCAUGGGUGGCAAAUUGACCUAAAAGGAAUAAGGAGUAAUCUCCACAUGGGGUCAGCAAAUGGAUUAGCAAAUGGGCAAGGCAGGCAUCCGCUAUUUUCCUUUGGUGUUAUUUCUGAUGUGCAGUAUGCUGAUAUCCCUGAUGGCCACUCAUUCCUUGGGGUUCCUCGGUAUUAUCGACAUAGUAUGCUUGUUUUGCAAAGGGCAGUCAAGAGCUGGAACAACCACAAUAAUCUUAAUUUUGCGAUUGAUUUUGGAGAUAUUGUUGAUGGGCAUUGUCCCAAGGAUCAAUCUCUAAAUGCUGUGAAAAGGGUAGUCGGUGAGUUUGAAAAUUUUAAUGGUCAUGUGUAUCACAUGAUUGGAAACCAUUGUCUUUACAAUCUUCCUCGGGAUAAGUUACUUCCUGUAUUGAACAUCCCAAAUCUUGGUGGUGGUCACGCCUACUAUGACUUUUCACCAACUCCAGAAUACAGAUUUGUUGUACUGGAUGGUUAUGAUAUCAGUGCAAUCGGGUGGCCUCAUGACCAUCCAAAUACAUUGGAGGCCUUGAAAUUCCUGAGUGAAAAAAACCCAAAUUCAGAUAAAAACAGCCCAGAGGGACUGAAAGGCCUUGAUAGAAGGUUCCUUAUGUUUAAUGGAGCUGUUGGAAAACAGCAAAUGGAAUGGUUAGAUGGUGUACUUCAGGAUGCAACAAAUUCGAACCAGAAAGUGAUUGUAUGUUGUCAUCUGCCUUUAGAUCCUGGUGCAUCAAGCCAAGAAGCACUUCUAUGGAAUUAUGAUCAAGUAAUGGAUGUGAUUCACCGGUUCCGAUGUGUGAAGGUUUGCCUAGCAGGACAUGAUCAUGAAGGAGGACAUUCAAUCGAUUCUCACGGAAUUCAUCACAGAGUGCUUGAAGCUGCCUUAGAAUGUCCACCUGGUACUGAUGCAUUUGGGUAUAUAGAUGUUUAUGAUGACAUGUUAUCACUUGUUGGCACAGAUAGAAUGAAAAGCACCAAUAUCAGCUUCCAUCCUUAGACAAAUUUUAUAGAAUAUAAGUCCCGGGAACAUCCUUCAAUUCAUUCAUCAAAGAUGCAGAGCGUAUGUUGUCUCGAAAAAAAUAUAUGUACGAGUGUAUGUUAUGUAAUUUACAUUGACAGACAAAUGCUUGGACUUUCAAAGGGUUCAAUGUUCUUCCAAAUUGCUUGGAUCAGGAAUCAUUGAUUUUGGGCAUAUUUUCUUCAGCUGAUAAUACCUGGUUAUGUUUAGUUUUAGACAUACUAAUAUUGGCACUUGAUUUCUG